AUGAUACCCUUGCAAGUUCUAACCAUCGAGGACGAGAUGCGAUACAUAUGGCCGGGGCCUUGGAAUCUGGGCAAAGUGCUCUUUUUCUGGGUGCGGUACUAUACAAUUGCGGCUGUGGUCUUCGAUGUUGCUCAAAUCCAUUACUUCGAUACAAUCAAACCUUCGUCGAACACAUGCGUCUGGAUGGACGCGAUGAUCCGAGUAGUCGGAGCUUUCAGCCUCUGGGGAGUCGAGAUCGUCAUGCAGUUGCGCAUCUAUGCCCUGUACCGGCUCUCGAAGAGAGUUGCAUUGAUCAAUGCGCUACUCUUCAUGUUGUCGGUGGCAGGUUUCGCGUACAUCCUCGUUCACAAUGGUCUCAUCCGCGCUUCCGUCAUCGCGCCAGACCAAGCUCUCCAAAUCUCUGGUUGCCCAGUUGUGCAUACAGGUAUUGAGUGGGCACAGUGGGUCCCAGCCACUAUCUUUGAGGAACGUCGUCGAAGCAUCAAGGACUGGCGACCGACCCUUUAUUCUAUUAUCUUAUCUGACAACUUGAUGUACUUCUUCUUCAUAGCCUGUGUCCUCACGCUUAACAAUCUCAUGGUGGUUGGCGAUCGGAUACCAAUUCCCUGGUUUAGCUAUAGCCCCUUCCAUGCCGCUACUGGAAUCGCAACGAGCCGGAUGCUCAUCCAUGUACGAAAGGCGAUACUCGCGACGGACAUGUCAAGAGGGGUACGGCGGCCUGCCUUGCAAAGUGUCACCAUCGGGAGUGGCCAGUGGCGAGUUGCUGCACGAUCGAGCAGCUACUUCGUGAGAGGGACGGACCGUACAGCAGAAAGCGCUCAACUACGAAGCAGGCAGGAGCCCGCGGGGCCUGUCCUUCCAGCUAUCAAUGACGUCUCUCUGUCCGGUGAAGGACAGGCGGGAGACGUUGAAGCUGUUUCCUUUACGCACGGAAGCACCUCACUUGUCCCUUCAGACGCAUCAAGGUCGCCUUGA